CGAAAGUUGUUAAUAAGACGCGCCGUGAGGAACAUUUAGAAAUGGCCCCAGUGUCGAACCCGGCUAAAGACUCGGAUAACCUCGACGACGGUGAUGCUGCAGACGACACCUGUGGUCUGGCCGUGUCCCGCUCCAGGCGGAUCAAGAGGGAGAAAGUGGGAAGGAAGUCCGCACUGGAGCAGCUCAGGAAAGCCAAGCUGGGACAGAAGAUCAAGUACGAGGUGGAUGAGAUUGCCAGUGUGUAUGAGGAGGUGGAUGAAGACCAGUACUCCAAGAUGGUGCAGGAAAGACAAGAUGAUGACUGGAUUAUUGAUGAUGAUGGAACAGGGUAUGUGGAAGAUGGACGAGAAAUCUUCGAUGACGAACUAGAGGAUGAUAUAGUAGAAAAGGGCAAAGGUAAAGCAGGGGCAAAAGGAGUGGAAUCUAAGAAGAAUGUGAAGAGAGCUGUUGUAGCAAAACCCAACAGCAUCAAGACCAUGUUCAUGAACAGCAAUGUCAAGAAACCUGCGGAGAAGGAUGUGGACCUGUCCAAAGAUGACCUACUGGGAGACAUUUUACAGGACCUGCACUCUGAGAAACCAUUCCUUCUGACCCCUCCACCAGUGGUCACUCUGAAGAAAAAGAAAUCCCUUGGAUCUCCCAUGAACCCAUUCUCUAUCAAACCUCCAGCUGCCAAGGAGUCCCCCUCCAUUGUAGGAUCAAAGAGCAAAAUGACCAAGACAUCUGCUCACCCUCUUUUCUCUGUACCUGCCCCUCCUGUGGAGAGGAAGAAAUUGCAAAUAGAGGAGCUUGAAGAAGAGGAGGUGAAUGAUGUCAUGGCAUUGGAUGACUUUGACUUUGACGAGCCAAUGGAUGUGGGACUACAGGAGGAGGAGAAGAGACUGCCACUUAAAGAAGAGGCUCAGCCAGAACCAGAACCCAAAGAAUCAGCGGAAGCCACAGUCAAAGUGGAGCCUAAGCCAGAACCCAAGGACCCUGACCUACUGUCCAGGAAGAUUGGAAGCUCAUGGGGACAGGAGGAGGACAGGGUCAGUGAGGCCCCAGCAGAAGUGCAGGUGGACUCAAGCAAGCUCCCGUUGGUUGAGGGGCCAGACGGAGAGCAAAUGUUCCGUUUCUAUUGGCUGGAUGCCUUUGAAGACCAAUACAACCAACCAGGUGUGGUGUACCUUUUUGGGAAGGUGUGGAUUGAGUCCGCCAAAGCUCAUGUCAGCUGCUGUGUGGCCGUCAAGAAUAUAGAGAGAACCGUGUACUUCCUGCCUCGUGAAAAUAAAGUGGACCCCAAGACUGGAGAGGUGUCAGACACACCGGUAGGAAUGAUGGAUGUCUACCAGGAGUUCAACGAGCUCUCUGAGAAAUUCAGGAUCAUGAAAUUUAAGUCCAAGAAAGUGGAGAAAAACUAUGCCUUUGAAAUUCCUGAUGUGCCCACCCAGUGCGAGUACCUGGAAGUCAGAUAUUCUGCAGAGUUCCCUGCCCUGCCCUCUGACCUGAAGGGGGCGACCUUCUCCCAUGUGUUUGGUACCAACACCUCCAGUCUGGAGCAGUUCCUCCUGAGCAGGAAAAUCAAAGGGCCCUGCUGGCUUGACAUCAAGACACCACAACUGAGCAGUCAAUCAGUCAGCUGGUGUAAGGUGGAAGCUGUGGCCUUAAGGAGUGACCUGGUCACAAUAGUCAAAGACCUGUCACCUCCACCGCUCACCGUCAUGUGCAUCAGCCUCAAGACUGUCCAGAAUCCCAAGACACACCACAACGAGCUAGUGUCCCUGGCUGCACUGGUCCAUUAUCAGUUUCAUCUGGACAAAGCCCCACCACAGCCUCCCUACCAGACCCAUUUCUGUGUGGUCAGUAAACCAAAUGACUGCAUCUUCCCCUUUGACUUCAAAGAGGCAGUAAAAAAGAAGAAUGCAAAGGUUGAGAUUGCUGCCACAGAGCGGACUCUCCUCGGCUUCUUCCUGGCCAAGAUGCACAAGAUCGACCCUGACGUGUUGGUGGGUCACGACAUCUUUGGCUUUGACCUGGAUGUGCUGCUACAGCGGCUCAAUGUGUGUAAGGUCCCACACUGGUCCAAGAUUGGACGCCUCAGGAGGGCAAAUAUGCCCAAAUUAGGGGGUCGUGGUGCCUUUGCGGAGAAGAAUGCUACCUGUGGCCGACUGGUUUGUGAUGUGGAGAUCUCGGCCAAAGAGCUGAUUCGCUUUAAAAGUUAUCAUCUAACUGAGCUGGCUGCACAAAUCCUCAAGAUGGAGAGAGCCACCAUCCCACCAGAGAACAUCAGGAAUCUCUACAGUAACUCCCCUCACCUGCUGUACCUGCUGGAGCUGACCUGGACGGAUGCCAAGCUGAUCCUACAGAUCAUGUGUGAGCUCAAUGUCCUGCCACUGGCUCUACAGAUCACCAACAUCGCUGGAAACGUCAUGUCUCGUACACUGAUGGGCGGUCGCGCUGAAAGGAACGAGUUCCUGUUGCUUCAUGCCUUCCAUGACAAGAAUUACAUUGUCCCCGACAAACCCUCUUUCAAGAAGGCUCAACAGGACGUGGUGGAGGGAGAAGAGGAUGUUGAUGGUGGAAAAGGCAAGAAGAGGAAGAAGGCAGCCUAUGCUGGUGGUCUGGUGCUGGACCCUAAAGUUGGAUUCUAUGAUAAGUUUGUGCUGCUGCUCGACUUCAACAGUCUGUAUCCCUCCAUCAUCCAGGAGUUCAACAUCUGCUUCACCACUGUACAGAGAGAAGCCCACAAUCCACAUAAGAAAACUGAGGAGGACGAGCCCGAAGAGAUUCCAGAGAUUCCAGAUGCAAACCUGGAGAUGGGAAUUCUGCCCAAGGAGAUCAGAAAGCUGGUUGAACGCCGUAAACAGGUCAAACAGUUAAUGAAACAACAGGACAUCAACCCAGACCUCUACCUACAGUAUGACAUCCGUCAGAAGGCUCUGAAGCUGACUGCCAACAGUAUGUACGGCUGCCUGGGAUUCAGCUACAGUCGCUUCUACGCUAAGCCACUGGCCGCCCUGGUCACACACAAAGGCCGAGAGAUCUUAAUGCACACCAAAGACAUGGCUCAGAAGAUGAAUCUGGAUGUGAUCUACGGCGAUACAGACUCUAUUAUGAUCAACACCAACAGCAGGUCUCUGGACGAAGUCUUCAAGUUGGGCAACAAGGUGAAGGCAGAGGUAAACAAGCUGUACAAACUGCUAGAGAUUGACAUUGAUGGCAUAUUCAAAUCACUGUUACUGCUGAAGAAGAAGAAGUAUGCCGCCCUGGUGGUGGAGAAUCAUGGCGAGGGACGUUUCAGCACCAAGCAGGAGCUCAAAGGCCUGGAUAUUGUCCGCAGGGACUGGUGCGAUCUGGCCAAGGAGUGUGGAAACUAUGUGAUAGGUCAGAUCCUUUCAGACCAGAGUCGUGAUGUCAUUGUGGAGAACAUCCAGAGACACCUGGUGGAGGUGGGGGAGAAGGUAGCAAGCGGCACUAUACCACUCAGCCAGUAUGAGAUUCACAAGGCUCUGACCAAGGAUCCUCAAGAUUAUCCUGAUAAGAAGAGCCUGCCCCAUGUCCAUGUAGCUCUGUGGAUCAACUCUCAGAGUGGCCGACGGGUCAAAGCUGGAGACACAGUCUCCUACGUCAUCUGCCAGGACGGUUCCACGCUGGCAGCCAGUCAGAGAGCCUAUGCCCUGGAGCAGCUCCAGAAGCAGGAAGGCCUCAGCCUAGAUGCCCAGUACUACUUGGCCCAGCAGGUCCAUCCUGUUGUGGCCCGCAUCUGUGACCCCAUAGAGGGCAUUGAUGGUGUACUCAUAGCCACAUGGCUGGGUCUGGAUCCCAGUCAGUUCCGAGCCCAUCAGCAGUACCAGAGGGAGGAGGAGGAGGGAGGCCUGCUCGGGGCCCCAGCCCAGCUGACAGACGAAGAGCGCUACAAAGACUGCGAGAGAUUCACAUUCACUUGCCCGGAGUGUGGCACCGACAACAUCUACGACAAUGUCUUCGAGGGAGCUGGUAUGAAGAUGGAGCCCAGUCUUCUGCGCUGCUGUCAUAUCCCCUGCGGGGGAAGCCCUAUCAACUACCCCGUCAACAUCAGCAACAAACUGCUGCUUGACAUCCGCCGCCACAUCAAAAAGUACUACAGUGGAUGGCUCGUGUGUGAGGACCAAGCGUGUCAGAACAGGACUAGGCGUCUGCCAAUCUCUUUCUCCCGCCACGGCCCCAUAUGCCCUUCCUGCACCAGGGCUACACUCAGACCAGAGUACUCUGAGAAGGCCCUGUACAACCAGAUCUGCUUCUACAGGUUUAUAUUUGACUGGGACCACGCAGCUGGCAAACUGCAACCGGAGGAGAAAAAUCGUCUUAAGCUGUGGAAGGCAGGAAAGGAGGCGUACAGGAGACUAAAGGAGGUGCCAGACAAAACCUUGGCCUCUAGUGGCUACUCGGAAGUUAACCUGGCCAAACUGUUCCAGGCCUUCACCUCCCUCAAGUAAAUACAUACACAAACACACACACCACCGGGCAGGGUACCUCACCACCCAGCUCUGCAUGGCUUCUCGUUGACCGGCAAAAAGCUUCAGCAACAGGAGCAUCCAACCAAGAUGGACGGAGAGACACUGAAGGCUGACCUCCUCUGUUCAGUUGUACGAUGGAAGCUGAAUGCGAGUGGAUUGUAUUUCUACAGUAAUGGUAGCGUUUCACAACUAAUGAUGACUCUUGGUGCAGGCGUGGGUGAAGCCGUUUUAACCUGCCUGUGAUCUUUAUGUUAGACCAAGCCUGUUUUUAUUAUGUUGUAUAGAGGUUUCUGUUGGUGUUAAUUCUGUCUUUUUGUAUUGGUUUUCCAGUGUUGCUUUCCUUUGAAUGAUGCAUAGUGGACCGUAUAUGUAACUGGCGAACCCUAUGACCUCCUGCCCCCUAUAUCAGGACCCCUGAAUCUAAUGGGUCUAUUACAAAGCAGUUCAGGAGGGCCAUCACAUCCUCUCCUUCUCCCAAUACCCUCAAGUACAGUGUUCUCUCGCUCUCGUUCUCUCUCUUCUCUUCUCUCUCUCUCUCUCUCUCUCUCUCUCUCUCUCUCUCUCUCUCUCUCUCUCUCUCUCUCUCUCUCUCUCUCUCUCUCUCUCUCUCUCUCUCUCUCUCUCUCUCUCUCUCUCUCUCUCUCUCUCUCUCACCCACCCACAGAGGCUGUCACUCACCCUUGCCAUGAUUCCAUCAUCCCGACAGUGUAUGGCAAAGGGGGGUAGCAAUCAGAACUGCCUAUUGUGUGUGUGUGUGUUUACACAUAAGCAUACCUGUGGUGGCAAAGGUAAAGAACAGGGGGAGAACAGGAUAGCGUGUGUGUGUGUGUGUGUGUGUGUGUG